AACCCACCUCUCCCCUAGUCCCCUGUCCGUAGCCAUCUUCAACCUCCGCGCGAUCCCUCAGGCGGACGAGCGGUCGCCGAUCGGGACGCGAGCUCCAGGGCGGCAGGACCAGGGUAGGGGUUCCAACCGGAGGGGAGGUACCUCGCCAGGUCGGUCUGCGAAUGGUUCCGGCCGCCUAGAACCGGAGCUCCCAAAUAAAUCGAUCCAUCGGUCGUUGAGCCGACACGGCAAUGGAAGCACACGCCUCGCGGGGCCGCCGCACCCUGGAGGAGAUCCGGCAGAAGAGAGCGGCCGAGAGGAUGCAGCACGCCCUCCCGAUCGCGGCGUCUCACGUCGACUCUCACGGGAACCAAAGAGCUGGAGCUGAGCUUCUUGCUCGAGUUCAAGAACUUGAAAAUGGGAACAUGGAAUUGGAGAGGGAAAAUAAAAUGCUCUUGUCCAAGAUUGCUGAGAAGGAAGUUGAGAAGGAUGCCCUUGUAAACCGUUUGAAUGAUCUCGAGCGGAAUGUAGUGCCCUCUUUGAAAAAAACCUUGAAUGACAUUUCUUUGGAGAAAGAUGCUGCUGUAGUUGCUAAGGAGGAUGCUCUAGCUCAACUCAGGAGCAUGAAGAAACGACUCAAGGAAGCAGAAGAAGAACAGUAUAGGGCAGAAGAAGACUCAGCCUCCUUGAGAGCACAGCUAAAUACCCUGCAGCAGCAAGUAAUGGGACACUCUUACAGUGGAUAUACAAUGGGAACAUCGAAUGAGGAAUCUGUUUCCAUGGAAAAGGAGAUACAAGAUUUACAGGCACAGCUAAAGCAAGAGUCACUGCUAAGGCAACAGGAGCAACAAAAAUUAGCUGAAGAGUCCCAGCUGAGGCAACAAGAGCAAGAAAAACUAGCCAAAGAGCAAAUCCGUAUUGCUUCUCUGGAGGCUGAAAAGCAACAGUUGGAAGAUCAAAUUACUAUGUUGACAAAGAAAGCUACAGACGACGCUUCUGAGUUUGCUGCACGCAAGGCAUUUUCAUUGCAAGAUAGGGAAAAACUUGAAAACCAGUUGCAUGACAUGGCUUUGAUGAUUGAGAGGCUAGAGGGGAGUCGUCAAAAACUGCUAAUGGAGAUUGAUUCUCAAUCUUCAGAAAUAGAGAAACUGUUUGAGGAGAACUCAGCCGUAUCCACUUCUUAUCAAGAAGCCAUGGCUAUUACAGUACAAUGGGAAAACCAGGUUAGAGAUUGUCUGAAGCAAAAUGAAGAGCUCCGUUCUCACUUGGAGAAACUAAGACUUGAACAAGCUAGCCUGUUGAAAGUAAGCAAUAUCGCUACCCAAUCAGAUGGGCAAAUUGAAAACAGCUCAAACCCACCAGAAAUGGUCACCGAGAAUAUUUCUCUAAAGGAUCAGCUUAUAAAAGAACAGAGCAGAUCUGAGGGGUUGUCUGCAGAGAUAAUGAAACUUUCAGCUGAGCUUAGGAAAGCAGUCCAAGCACAGAAUAACCUUGCACGCUUAUACAGACCUGUAUUAAGAGACAUUGAGAGCAACCUGAUGAAAAUGAAACAAGAAACUUAUGCGACGAUCCAGUGAUACAUGUUGUGAAGCUGGCAUGGGCACAAGCCCCACCUUACUGAUUUGCGUGUGAAUGUAUUGAUCUCAUGCCAUUUUCAAGAUGCUGGUGCAAAGCAGUUCUUUUGGUGGCCACCAUUCAUAAGUAGAGAGUUCAGUCGAGAUUGUUUUGUCUGUACCAUACUCUUGUAUACCCGAUUCCCACACUGGUUCAUCUUGUAAACUGGGAGCAAUUAAAUAGGGAAAAAAAAGAUGGGUUCGACAAAUUAUUAUUCCCUCCCCUCAAUCCACAAAU